AUGGCUUACGAAAUCGAAGACGAGGUUGAUUGGAGUGACAGUCCAUUGGGCCCUCCCUCUCCAGAGGCAAACCGUGCUGCAGGAAACCUAAAUGGAACGCAGCCCGCGGUAGAGAAGCCCAGCGACGAUCCUGGCUUGUUCGUGUCCGAGAACGUUGAUCGCUAUGAGAUACCCCCUGGUUUACCUCUUGCUUCCACAUACGAUGUCAACAAGGCCCAACAGCACAUACCCUCUCGUGCCCAGCGGGCUCGCAUCGGCAUCCACCUGAACCGGCGUCAACCUUCUAAAGACGACUACAUAAAUUUUGCGCUCUACCAAGCCAACCAAAAGGCGUACGAAGCGACGCUCUUCAAGAACUUUGUUGCACAUGCCCUGCAUCCAGAUCGUUUUUCAGAAAUGUCCAUGAGCCAGCCUGAGACGUGCGCAGAUGUCGUGCCGUAUCUACAGUCUGUUGUUCGAAAUGUCAAAGGUAUCGCGGAUAAGAUGGUCUGGAACGCACACUCCCGUGCAGUCCACCUGCUGGCGAAUGACGGCAAAGAUGGCUCUCCGUUCUUGGACCUGCGUCAGAUCAACCAGCACAUGUUCUCCGACUUCCGUCACGACAACCCAGUGUCUGUGGUGAAUAGAAUGAAUGAGUCAUGGCAUCGUGCUUUCCCAGAGCCUGCAAUGGUUCGGAUGUCGACCAAGCAGUAUCCAAUCGGCUCGAACAGCUCCCCACUCGAAGAGAUUGAUGAGAUUGCGAACAGAGUGUUCAACGAUACCUCUUUUACCAGCGCCCUCCCUUCUGGACGGGGUAUCAAUCCGAUGAGGAAGAACAAGGGCAAAGGCCGUGGGCUGCCAGGAGCAAUUCCGCGAGAACAGCCACUGGUCUUGUCGCGUGGAAAUUGGCUCGCAUUUCCACAACCGGAGACAAUCUUUGCAUCUCCGAGCCCUCCAGUAUUGCCUAUAUAUCAUCAAGACAUCUCGGAAGAUGUGGACGGGCUCCAGAACAUUGAUGAGCCACAAAUCAUCCAAGACCUACGCAGCAUUCAGGACUACAAUGACAACCAAUUUGGUAAAUUGCGGAGCUCUUCAAGCGCUCAGCAUCACUCCACAGCUUCUUCAACGCGGCUAGAAGACUUGUUCGACCGCUAUGGACAAGAUGCACUCAACAGCGACCAUAGCGGUACUCCCGCAAGAAGCGAAGACGACUUGAUCGAGAAGGUACCUUCAUGGCGUAUGAGACUCAUCAAUAAUCACAAGCGGCGACUGACUGAGCGGUGGGGUGACCCUCAACAGACGAUUCGAAGAGUCAUGCCGGGUAUCAGGCAAGUGAUCGAACACGCCUUCGAGAGAGGACUCCGACCCAUGGGUGACGACUUCGAGAGCAAAAUCAGAAUCAUCGAAGCGCGCGAGCAGCGAAAAAAUGCGCCAUCUCUAUCGAUCACAUCAACUCACACCCAGCAACAAAUACAAGAAAGUCCAUCAGCAGCAUCGAGCACCCUCUCGCAGAAGAAAGCUUCGAUCGCAGCAAAGAUGGAAAAGCAGCGCACAGACGCUCCGCGGAAGCGACAGAAGACAAGCACAACUGCCCCAUGUGCUGCAAACAAGAUGAAAGCAACGAAGAUGCAGAGCGUAUCCGGAUCGAAGAGACAGAAAGCAACGAAACCGCUCAAGCAACUGUCGGAAUCUGAAGGUCUCCCGUCGCCUCAUUCAAGUGGAUCUUCAACACUCGCUGCGCAUCACACAAUACCCACCACUGCAUAUAUUCAACCAAAAUCGCUGGACGAGAAGCCAGCCUGGCUUUGCGGCAUUAAACAUGCCAUGGGAUAUUAUUACAAUGCUGGAGACCGUUGCUUUGUUAACAUCAAGGAUAGCAAGAAGAGUAGAUUUUUGGAUUUCUAUAUGCCUCCAUCUACGCACUCUUUCCAGCCAGCACCCGACAUGGUUUAUACUCCGAGUAAGCCAGGCAAGAAACCUCGACGAUCCAAAACACGAUCACACAACGGCAUUGCCAAGGACGCCUACUGGGCAGCCAUCGAUGCUGGCGCAACUGCACGAGAAGCACGGCAAGCUGGUGUGGCAGCUGUGGAAGCACAUCUGAGACCACUGCCUCCAAAAGAACCAACGCCACAGCCGACUCCAGAGCCAGAACCAGAUCUUGGACCACAUCCCAGCGGGUCGAAGGCGAUGGAACAUGGUCAAGAUAUCCCGGAGUGCGCAUACUUCGAGAAGCAAGACAGACAUGAACAGUAUGCUUGGCGAUGCGAUAUCAAUCAUGCUCUUGGUCGAUACUACCUGGCUGGAGACAAGCGCUCUUGUCCAGGCUGCGGUUCGAACAGGUAUGGAGUGGGCAAGCAAUCCGAUAUGGACUUUUACAUGCCUCUCGGAGUUGUGGUUAGACAAGAAGCCUCAGAGCUGAGCCUGUGGAAGCCUCGCAAGCCAUACAAGUUACGCAAUCCGGGCUCUAAGGCAAAUGACAAACCGACCCAAGCAACGCAUAACCAGAUUUGCUCAAAGAAGUACCACGAGGCUAUUGAUGCCGGCCAAGAACACGAAGAAGCGAAGUGUAUUGCGAUUGAGGCACUAGAUGCUGAGCUAGACGCCAAGCAAGAGGCAAAGCAGAGACAAGAACAGAGUGAAAGCUCGGAAGAUGAGGGAGAAGCGAGCAGUUCGGGAGGCGAACGUAACAGCGAUAAGAAAGACUCCGCCAACACCGGUCAGAAGGGCAAUACUUUUCAUCGUCGUGGCUCACGUGGAGAGAGUACGCCGUCUUCAGUGCCUCAAAAGAGAAGUGCUGAGGAGGUAAGUGAAAGCGAUUUGGAAGACGAUGAAGACGACGGGACAUUCGAAGCAGCGAUUUACGAAGCUAUGGGUCAGAAUCUGGUCGAGUAUCCGGCAUCUGAUGAUGACGACGAGACUUCAGGAUCCGACAGUGAGUAA